AUGCAUUACAAUCGCAGCCCUGGAAACUUCUCCUCCUGCUCUCUUGGAGGUUACCUGGGGUACCCAGGUUCCCCCUAUGAUUCUUUCUACCGCAAUGAAAUCUACUCUCCCAGCACCUACCAGCUGGGUUCCUCUGUCUUUGGUGGCUAUCAGGAGACCUGCUGUGAACCCACCAGCUGCGGGACAUCCAGUGCUGGGGCCAGACCCUACCAGACAUCCUGCUUCCGCCCAAAGAAUUCCUUCUUCUUCAGUCCCUGCCAAACAAAUUACAUGGGGUCUCUGGGAUGUGGAAAUAUUGGCCUUGGGCCUUUUGGUUGUGGAAGCACUGGUUUCCAAUCUCUGGGCUGUGGGUCCAGCUUCAGUCGUCCAACUUACUUUUCUUCUAGGAGCUGCCAGUCAACUUGUUACCAACCAGCCUUUAGCUCUCGCUUUUUUAGAUCAACUUGCUGA